GGCUACGUCACUUCCCGGAAGGGCAACGCUAGCAACGCGGAAGCGUUGAGAAAAAAACAAAUAACCGUUUAAUUUUGAUCGGUAUUGGGAGGUUAAGGAGACACAUAAACACCGUUUGACUUCUCGGUUUUUUGACUUUGACGAAGAUUCUGGUUUAAGAUGGAGUUCCUGUUUGGGAAGAGGAAGACCCCGGAGGAGAUGCUGAGGCAGAACCAGAGGGCGCUCAACCGAGCCAUGAGAGAGCUGGACCGCGAGCGGAUGAAAUUGGAGCAGCAGGAGAAGAAAAUUAUUGCAGACAUCAAGAAAAUGGCAAAGCAGGGACAAAUGGACGCAGUGAAGAUCAUGGCCAAGGACUUGGUGCGCACGCGGCGUUACGUUAAGAAGUUCAUCAUGAUGAAAGCCAACAUUCAAGCCGUCAGCCUAAAGAUCCAGACCCUUAAGUCUAACAACAGCAUGGCACAGGCGAUGAAAGGCGUCACCAAAGCCAUGGCCACCAUGAACAGACAGCUGAAGCUCCCUCAGAUUCAGAAGAUCAUGAUGGAGUUUGAAAAACAGAGCGAGCUAAUGGAUAUGAAGGAGGAGAUGAUGAACGACGCUAUUGAUGACGCCAUGGGGGAUGAGGAUGAUGAAGAGGAGAGUGACGCCAUCGUCUCCCAAGUCCUGGACGAGCUUGGUCUUAAUCUGUCUGACGAACUAUCAAAUCUGCCGAGCACCGGGGGAAGCCUUUCUGUGGCCGGAGGAAAGAAAGCCGAGCCUCAGGCUGCUCUGGCCGACGCAGACGCAGACCUGGAGGAGCGUCUGAAUAACCUGCGGAGAGACUAAACGCGCAGGAACUGUCUGAGAGGCGCAGUUUGGCGAGGGUCAUCAUUACAAACGAACUCUAAUCUCUGCGUUUAGAUCCUUUCGGAGGCAUAAGUGGCCGGCUUUCAGCAGGCGGUUCUAUAAGGUGUAUGGCUUUCUGUUUGAGGUGUUUUCUUUUAUUGUAUGUGCAAUGUAUCUUAUUAUUACAAGGGUCAUCCUCCUUCAUAGGUCCAGAAAACUCUUUUCUGCAUUUUGACUCUGACGAAUGAUACAGAUCAUCUGUACAUACCGACUUCUUAAAGCACGAUGUAUUUACAGUUAAAAUCAACACUAAUUACAGAAUAUUCAAGGAAACCCUAUAGAAAUAUUAAAGGUUAAAUUUUAUAUGACUGGCAUGUAAAUGUGUCGGUACAUUUUGUACAGGAGGUGGGUUUGGUGUUUUGUUUUUCUAUCCAUAUUAAAACGUUAUCAGCAUUUUUAUUGUCCUUAAGUGUUGGAGAUUCUAGUUAAAAUAAAAAAAGAUGGUUUAUUAUUAUUAUUACUGACAUUUGAAAAGGAAAGCUAUGUUCUGGAAGACACUCCUGGUGAUUCUUUAAUUGGCGUUUAUGAGAUCUGCAGCAUCCUCACUAUAAAUAGCAGUCAGUGGUGUUUUUGUUUAUUUCUCUGAGAAAUUUUGUUUUUGGAUUUAUUGAAUAAAUAUUUGUUUCCAGUAUACUGGGAAAUGAA